AUGCAAAUCUCAGUAUUUUACAGCUGCAAGCAUAACAGAGAAUCUGGGAAAACCAAGAUUACUGUGGGCGAUCUUAACACCACAAACAUCAGAGAUGUAAAAUACGCCAUUCAAGAUGCUAUUCAAGCACCUGUUUGUGACCAGAAACUUUUUUAUCAUGGCCAACUCUUAACAGACGAUGACAUGCUUCUUAGCAGGUUGUAUUUCCGGGAGGGAGAAUGUUUUCAUCUUGAAUUUCUUGCUGUGGCGGACAUAACAGGUAUAUGUGAAUUCCUUACUGAUCUGAAGAGUGCUGCUCAAGAAAUCGUGCAAAACAUCCAAAGAGAAUUGCCCAGGAUAGAACAGCACCCCUCUAAUACCCUAUGGAGAUUGUAUGACAGACUUGUCAAUGGAGUUGAGGGUCUUGCCCAAUUUUUCUACCCAUGGAAAAGCUUGCGAUCUGUUGCACAGAGACACUAUUUUGUGCAAGAAGGAGGCUUUGAUGCAUUUUUGGAGGUGUUAAAAUUUUCAAGACAGUUGCAUGUGGUUGAUCACACUGAGGAUGAUGAUGAGUGAGUUCUUCAAAGUCUUUUACCCACUAAUUAAGAUCUUAAUUUAAACCUGUUAAUUCAGUCUCUUGUCAUUGCUCCCCACAACUGGGGAUUUUUUUCAAGAGAGAUGUCUGUUUUGACCUCAGAAAUGAAUGUAGUUGAAGUGUUGUUGUUUAAAGCUAAAUCUAAAUCUAAGUUAUGCACAUUAUUUUUCCUCAGCCUCGUGAAUACAACUAAAGAAAAUGUAACAGUACCACUUUUUGUUCUGACCAUUCCCCACUGACUGGGUUCCUGAAGAUGAAGGAAGCUGUACUCUUUAAUUCCUCUCAAUAAUAAUGAGUAUUAAAUUGUCUGUUUGGGGUUGGAUAGGGUGAAAAAAAGGCCUUUAGAUUGUGUAUGUCACAGCUCAAAAUUAAAUUCUGGUUAAAAUUUUUAAAUCUAAGUUGAUCUUCAAUUUUCUUUGUCUCCUACCCCUAAUUCUUGAAUAAUUUUUUAUCACAUGCUUGGACACAAAGAAAAUUGAGAAUCAACCUUUAUGUGGGUUAACAAAUUUCACCUUGAACUCUAUUUAAUUUUAAGCUGUAACCUGUAUACUGAGAAAAAUCAAGCCCUACAUGUUCAGAGCAUAUUUCCCAUAGAGUAUCCCAUCCAAUUUACAAACUAGCAUAAUGACUACUGCUUCCCCUGUUCUACAUUGCAAUAAAGUUUUCCAAAAAUGCAUCAUGGGAGUUACAGGCAGUGAAGUUGUCUUCUGUUCCUGGACGUAAUUUGUGCCUCAUAAAUUGCCUGUAAAAGCAUGAAAAAUGUGAUCACAACAGGAAGGUAUCAUGAUGGAUUUGGAAGCUUAAAUUGUAUAUUACACUUAAAUAUUGCUUACUUGGACUCUGAAAAAUUGUGAAAUUAUAGAGUUAAUAAAGUCAGGUAACAUGAUAUAGUGAAUGUUUCUAAAUUCGUAGAAUGAGUAAUCAUGAUUAUAAUAUUGAGUGUAAAUUCAAUCAACAGUGUUAUUGAUGAUGAACGUGGGAUCAUAAAUCAGCACAAAAUUCGACACAACCAAACACAACUGGCUCUUCAGCUUUGCUGUCUGAGCUUCUUAUGGAACUUUGCAGAGACUCCUGAGGAUCGAAAGUUUGUCCUGUCAAAGGGUGUGUUACCUUUGACGAUAGAUGCCCUAUUGCUUCAUCCACAGCUACCCGAUGAUGUUGCAUAUGGUAUUGACAUUUAUGGCCUGAAAAUUGGUGUAAAUGAAACAGCUAUUGGAUGCUGUGGAGGGUAUGUUGCAAUUCAAGUACUGAAGAUAUAAUUGACUUAGGGCCUCUGUUUAAUUCCAGGCACCAAUUUCGUUUGACUUCAAAUUAUUUGGAACUUUAUUAUGCUUUUUGCUCAUGAGGGAAGUGAAGGUCACCUACAAAACCAGUCAAAGUUACAGCCACACAAUUGAACGAGCUAGAAAUGUCCUUACUGCUCAGAAAUCCUCAAUUCACAUGGUAGUAAAUUUUAAGUGUGUAGUCAGCUAUUUCUUUGCUGUAUUUUCUUUAUAUCAUCAUAAGCGCUUUACAGAUGUAAUGCUGGUUUGGCCAACAGAUUGCUGUUAGCAAACAGUCCCCUAGUAGUAGGUUGAUACAUCCAGUCACGAGUUUUGACCAAUGUAGAAUGCUGAUUAGGAUAAAUUCCUACAACACAAUAAUAUUGUGUUGAAAUUAUUUUAAUAAGUAUGCUCAGAACAUUGCUGAUCCUACAAAUGUAUCUGUAUACAGUAUGCUUUUCAAACAUGAACCUACUAGUAUUAUGACCUUGCUCCAGAUCUGUGAGUCUCUCUGUAGCUCAGUGGAUAAAUUGGGUGCCUGCCUGGUGUUUGGAAGGUCAUAGGUUUGAAUUGUUCGGGGGACUCAACAUUUUUUCUUCCCGUGAUUAGAACAUCUUUAAGAUCUCUUUAAUUAUCACAAUGUUUGUUCUGGCUGUGGUUUUUUAUUUUUACUUUUUAAUUCUUGCAGAUUAGUUGAAAGUGAUUCCACAACUCAAGAGGAAGUCUCCAAGAUGACACCAUUUAUUAAGAAGUUACUGAUCAUGAUAGAGGAUUGUGAGUCUGAACUUCCAGAUUACACCCUUUUCUCGAGCCAGGUGGCAGCUAACACUCUGUUCUACUGCACAUUUAAUGUCAAGUCAGCACCUCCACUAGCAUCUUGUGGGUCACUGACACAAAUGAUUAGUAUCACAAGACAUCUACUGGUCACUGAGAGAGGCAAUACAGCUUUAAGGUUGGAAUUUUCAGUUAACUACUCUGUAGUUACUUUCUUUAGUUGAAUAAAACUUGGCUUAUGUUACUACCUUAAAGGUAAAAGUUCUCUAAGAAAAACCUUUAUCGUACUCAGUCAUCCAACAAAUGAUUGCAAUCUUAGCUUGUGUUAUUAUACAUUAACCCCUAUGUGGCAAGUGGAGGUGAGGUGCCCAAGGGGGAGUCGGGGGCUGCAAAUGCUAUGAAACCCCAAGGUGCUAUAACACCCGACUGACUGGCCCACCUGAUACCAAAACCCAGCCACAAGCCCCCAGUGCCAUGCCAAAGGGAUCUCUGGGUUGGGGCCAAUGCAACCCAGAGCAAUGAGGGGAGGCUUGAGAUACCUAAGCCACAGUUCUAAGAGGCCCAUCCUGAGGCAUCCAUCUCCAGGUAAGAUCCAAAUGUACCGUUGGUACAGUAGGUACUGGCUGGAAACGUGAACAAUCAAACUGACUGGAGUACGGAUGUAGAGCUGGUAAGUAACACUAGAUCAUUGACCCCAAAGUCUUGCUGAGGUGAUCAGGCACUUUGUAGCUUGCUGCUGCUGCUACAGCAGACGCUGCCCCAAUCUGGGAGCUUUGACCUGAAUAAGAGCCAGAGAAACCUGCGAAGUGUAAGAUGGACUGCAAGUCCUAUGAAUGACAGCUGCCGCCAGGUAAGGGGCCGACCAUCACCAAACGUCAAUAAUGGCCCAGAGACAGACCUACGAGGGGAUAUUAAAUUACCCCAUGCCAUGGCAGAAUAAGCAGCAAUUAUGUCUUGUCCUAAGUAGACAUCACAGCCCACACGAAAGGGAUCUGUCUUCGAACACUUACUGGGGAACUUAAAAUAUGUACCAGUGAAUCUGCCUGAAAACCAGUGACCUUCAUAUUGGAUACUAGGAUGGAACACAAAAUUCAUGGUGAACUUCGCAGACAAGAGGCGGCCCACGGCAUCACGUGGUCUCUAGGAGACAGGUCUAAAGAGCGCUGGAUAACCCUCAAGUGUUUAGUCGUGAUUGGGAGAUGACUAGGACACACUGGACUCUGAACCCGUUUAAUGUCCCAAAGGAAGUGCUGUAACACAAGACCGUUGACCAAGGGAUCUGGUAAGCCACGGUUGAUGUCGAGGGAACGUACUGCCAAAAGACAUGCCUUGAUAGAUGAAUGGUUUAAAUCAUCAGCAAACAUCAUAGCAAAGCGCAUUGGGGUCUCCUCAACAGCUGGGGGAAGGGAGCCCCCUUGCCAGCACGACCGUCCUGGCAGCAAGAACUGAGGUAGUGCUGUUGAGGCUUGUUAAUAAGAAGGUAUACAAAAAAUUAAAGAAAGAAAAUAAGGUAAGGUAUACAAAAGGGGUGCCUUUUCUGUCAGAAAUGGUAUAUAAAAGGGUAAGGGGUUGGACCUCGGGGUAGAGCAUUUCCGUAUUAAACUUUACUGAGUGCCCACCCUUGGGCGUUAUUAAACGAAGUGGAAACCGACCUUUAAAAAAGAUUCUGAUUUAUAGUAAAACUUCUACACCCAAGGGCAAACGAAGACGCAUUGGAGCAUUCGUCAUCAAAGUCUGCCUUGUCGACCGUUGAAUUUCAUAUUUUUUACCAAAUCUAGCUGGAGCACUCAAACACUAGAUAGAGCGGGAACUUGACUAAAUGAAUUAGCUGCAGAAGGCAGUCCAUGCUGCUGGCUGGGCAACGCAACCAUACUAUUUGCAAUAUAUAGAAUGACAUCAGUAGGCGCCUCACACCCUUCAGCAGCGUCCCAUUUUCUCAUAAGGGGAGGGGGAAGGGGUUGUGCUACUGGUCACAGUUGCUACAUUUGUGGAGGAACCUGCAUCUGCUAAACGGCUACCAGCAUUGACCUUUAUGAGUGGCAAAAAAGAAGUAACACGUACGCCAUUUUCUUAGCUGCCCAAGGAGAACAGGGAGGGACUGGGAGAAGAAGGUGGUACUUAGAGGGUGCUGCAGAUUGUAGGUGAAACAUUUUACACGCCCAAAUUCAUCUUGGAUUAUUCAGAAUGCCUGAGACGGUAGCUUCUUUCCUGAAUGUAAGAUCGUAUUCCAUCCACGCCAGGCCUUUGAGUAGUUUAAGUAGUUAUAAGUAGUAGUCAAGUCCAACCAGCGGUAUGGGUGUAUCGAGCACAAGACCAGCUGGAAGAUUGUGAAAGGCUCAGUCCAUGUUAAAAUGUCUGGGGAUCUCCACGUACCGGCGCUUUGAAGAGGAUAGCAAAAGUUUACCCUCCAAGAAGGCUUGAGGUUUUUGUUCUCCUGCGCGGAUGUUGACGGACAACUGGUCGGCCAGUUCUACAAAGUAACCAGCUUUUAUCUUGUUACUCAAUCUGUAUUUUUAGGUCUUCUCAGAAUGCAGGGUUUCGAGGCCACGUUGAUGGUAAAAUUAGGCUUAAUCAGAUAAUUUCUGGCUAAAAUCGUAUCAACCCCCCUGACUUGAGUAUCUCAAUGUUAAAUGAGCUAUGUCAUGCCAUUUCCUAUAUUUAAAAAAAAACGAUAAAACUAGUGAUCCAGUUUUGUUAUUUAAGACUAUAUUUAAGCAUUUAAACUGUUUGGUGUCAUCUGUUUUUACGGAUAGCAAGGAUGGGCAUGGGCAAGUUUUAAUGCUAUGCCGGCAGAAAUUACCAAAAUAAUUAUCAUGGCUGGUGUAGUGCUCCCUUAUUAAAUUUGUUUGAUACCUUUUUCAUAACUCUUCAGAAGCAUUUUUUGUAUGUGUAAAGGCUGUUAGUAAUGUUUUCAGCACAGAAUUGACCUAAAACAGCAGUAGAGUGAUUUUCGUAUGACCUUGAAAUGAAAGCGCGCCAACUAAACAGAAACAACAAACGAACGGAAAUAGAGCGAUUUGAUUGGUUUAUCGAACGGAUACAAACGCGUGUGGCUUUUGGUUGGUUAAGCGAACGCUCGGGUGAAAAAACUUCAUGCCCCAAGAACUUUCUAGAAAUAAACGGUUACUUCGCUCUGACGUCAUCCUGCAACACGAUUGGCCAAUCCAACAAUGCCUUCUCGUUAUUAGGGUUUUCUUUGGCGGGAAAACGAAGAGGCCAUGUUUUGAUCUUUUCAUCCAUUGGCUGAUAAAACAAAUAACGAACACUUACCGAAACCAUUUUUUCAAGGUCAUACGAAAAUCGCUCUAUCCCUGAGACACAGCCUUUUUAAAUAAUACAUGCCCCCCUUGUCCCAGUGUUAUUGCAUUCUAAAAUCUCAUUUUUCCUUUCUCUCUUAGGUACUAUGGCUGCCUUUUCCUUGCGAGAAUGCGUUCAGCUCCUUUGAUUCAGCUCGAUAAAGACAUUUGCGCAACUAUAGACCAACUUAUUGACUUGUUCUUGGAGAAGCAUGUUCCAAGGGAAAUCUCAGAGUGGGAAGAAGAAAUGUCAUUUGUGUGGAUGACAAUGGUUCCCCUUGUUCAUCUUGCCUUUGCGGCAGGCAAUUUAAAGGAAACUUGUGAUAGUGAUGUAGACACUGACAAUGAAGUUUACCAAGUUUGUGAAUUAGAGAGGGAAACUCAGCAAAGUCAGGAGGCCUUUCUUGAUGCCCCGGGUGAGAACCAACUACCACAAGCUGAAAUUUGUCAGAUGGAUUUCGACCUAUCGUUAGAGUGCGUUGGUGGGCCGUGGGAAUUUAACAAUAUUCAAGGUGAACUUGUUACUCAAAGCGUCCUAUGGACUGAAGACUCUAACACACGGGAGAACACAAGGAAAGAUGAAACUGAAUGUUUGUUAUCAAUGGAAGUUGUUGAAACAAAACCACCUUUCGUAGAAGCAAGUUCAGGAGAGAGCUUCUUGUGGCCGGGUUCCAAAUCGACACAGAAUCUUGGGAUCUUUUCGUUGGUUCACAUGCUUUCCAUCAAAGAGAACCAACAGUUGGCAGCAUCAGAGAAUCUUAUUCCUUAUUUGAUUUGCCUGUCUUGGCAACUGGACAAUGACGUCAAGCAAAAGUUACUUGAAAGUCUAGCAAAUUUCCAUGUUUUUUCGCCACCCUCCCUAAAAGUUGCAGCCAAAUCUGUCCUUGCCCGAGUUAAAGGCUUGGACUUGGUGUUCAAUUCCUAA